CGCCCAACCAGGAACUAACACUAGCUCCGCGUCUGAAUAUAGAGUCCACGUGUCAUGUACAGGAGUCGUUCUGUGGGGGAACCCAAUGCUUAAUACAACUAAUUUAAGGGGAUACAACGAACAUUUCAAACAGGUGGUACAUGUUAUCGAGACUAUCAGUAACACAGAACGUGCAUAUGCCUUUACCCCUGUCUCCGACCAAAGAGUGUGUCGCAGGAGAUCCUGUCCACGUGGAAAAGGACUGACUGAACAUAUGGACACUUAAACACAGUUAUGUACAAGGUACAAGGAAUUCACUGAAGCAUAGCCGCUAAGCGAUUUGUGUCACUUACACGGAAGUACAAACGCCCUUCACCCCACGGCGAACACAAACAGCUUGAUUGCAGGUACCCAGGUGAGCUGCGAAUAUGACUGAAACGAACGGUAAGAAGGCCAGUUUUAAAGAGGAUGAACUAAUUGAGAAGUUUCUUCAACUCAGGAAGGAGGGUUUGAGCAAGGGUCUAUGCGACGGUGAAAUAAGUCGAGCGUUUAAACAAACCAAAUCGUGGACAUGGAAAGGGCUAAUGUCCAACCCGGCCUUCCAGACUCAAAUGUUGAUAGUGUUAGUGGCGGUCGUUAUCGCCGCGAAAUUCGGCUUUAGAGAUCUCCUGGAGGAAUAUAUUUACGACUCCAAAUGUCUCAUAACGAACACCCCCUUACUUUCGGAGAUGAUGCGACCUUUAGCAGACUGCGAGAUAUGUCGAGGUUUGACGUCCGUCCCUAUCGAGAGAGGUAUAUCAACGGAGAGGUUCAUGGAGAAAUAUGCCUACUCAAAAGUGCCCGUUCUCAUCAAAGAAGGAACAACUAACUGGACUGCAAUGGAGACGUUCAGUUACCAGUUCUUUAAGCAGCUGUACACGGGGACAAAGGGAGCGCUGGUGUCCGUGGAAGAGGAGUGUCAGUUUAUCCCCUACAAGACAGAGUUCUCAACCCUGGAAGAAGCGUUGAAUAUGACAGACGAGCGUGCUGCUCUACAGCCCGGGGAAGAUCCUUGGUACGUCGGAUGGAGUAACUGUAACCGGGAAGUCGCGGCCAAGCUGCGGAGUCACUACCAGCGCCCUUACUUCCUCCCCAAAGACUCCGAGUCCAGCAACAUAGACUGGAUCUUCAUGGGGGGCCCGGGCGUUGGGGCUUUCGUUCAUCUGGACAGUGUGAUGAGGCCGUCAUGGCAGGCCCAGAUCUCCGGGGCCAAGACGUGGACCCUGGUCCCCAGUCCUGAGUGCGAUUCUAUCUGUCCCUCCAUGAACGUCACGGUCAAGAAGGGGGACAUAAUUGUGCUCGACACAAACGAGUGGUACCACUCCACCUUCAUCCACCCUGGCGACGUCAGCAUCACCAUCGGCUCCGAGUACGACUAGCGCUGUCUGUUACAGUGAAGACUGGGGCAGGCGGUGUGUCCUGUAGGGGCGGGGUUGGUGGUGGGGUGAGGUGGAAAAGGCUCACGUCCUAUGUGGGAUAGAGUUGGGGAAGGGGGUGGAGGGGGUUAGAUAGUGCUAAAGGGGACGUGCAACAUUUUGCAUAGGGGUAGAGGAAGGGUUUGGGUUAUGGCGGCCCUCGUUGUCUGUAGGGGUGGGGGCGUCAGUGGGGUUUCUGGUCUCAACAAUGUGUCAGUAGAGGAUGGAGUAGGACUUACUGGGACGGGGGUUGUCAGGGUGGGGAAUGAAGGGGUUAUUUUGCUGGGGCUUCGGUAUAUAUACUGAAGGUUGGGAAGGGCGUGGGGUGAUGGCGUUCAUUGUAUUUGCUGUCAGCGUUGCAGGUACCCAACUGUAUUUUAAACUAUUCCUGAAAUAGAUAGAAAAGUAUGACUAGAAUCAGUUGUGAUCUGUUCUAUGGGAAACCAAAAACCUACAUCUUUAGCACAAAAGUAAGAUGAUCAUUGAACAAGGAGUAGCAAAUAAAAGUAACAUAAAUUUGCAUGUAUUAUAUUCUAAAAAGUACGCAAAAAAUAAAGUAGACACAGUUUAGGGAUAACAACUUCUUUAAUUACUGUAAAGCGGCUACAGAUACUUAUAGUUGUCAAGCAGUACUGGUUCACACAGUCUUGCUUGACAACGGUAUGAGGAUCUAUACCGAAACGUCACCUUUACAGUAAUUAAAGAAGUUGUUAUCCAUAAAUUGUGUCUACUUUGUCAUCCGUCAACUUCUAAGUAAUGCUCAUCAAACAAUACACAAAUGUUCAAGAGAAUUAGAUGCCAUUGUCAGCGACCUUGAAGAUCUACCACAAAAACAUGUAUGUCAUCGAUUACUUGAUUUUUUUUAUUUUCUCAAAUACUUUUUCUCUGUACAUACUUUUAAUUUCAUAUUGGUUAAGGAACGCUUUGGUCAGUUUUCUUUUUUUCAUAUGUGUCCAAAUCGUUAGAAAACCAUAUUGCUUGAAGCGCCGUAUAAUCUAACUCACAUCGUUGUUUCGUUAUCUUGUCUCAUUCAUCCCAAAAUGUAACGCAUGUUCAAGCAUGUUCUAAUGAGCACAGGGUUGGAAUAUUUUACAUAUGCACGGAUCUGAUCAAUGUUGUUUAGUUAUCUGAUUGUGGUACUCAGACUGCCAGCAUUCUGUGGUUUUGUUCUCCUGUGAUUGUUACCAGUUGGAUGUAUUUGUUGACAAAAGUAACGAGUUUCAUGUGUAUGCGAAUUGAGGCCUGUGUUACCAAUGUACUGUACGUUUUUAGGAUCUUUGCAAGGUGAUUUAAUGUUAGCUAAUUUAAUCAUUGGAUAGUUACUCAUACGCCGUUUGAUCAAAGCCUCACUUUCGAUGUGUUCAAGUAUUAUUUAUCAUAGUCAUGGAAGAUUAGGUCAUAUUUUUCUUUUUUCUUUUUGUUAUUUCUGAUAAUAUCGGUAUAUUUCCAUGUUGUAUAUCAAACACGCCCAGUCACCCACUCAGUGGCAAUGUGUCUCUGUCUCAUCGAUUCUGCAUACAGGUUAUUAUGUACACGCCAGGUCAUUCGAUUCUCCUGAAUCCUAAGAAGUUAUCUCUGCCAGCGCAGGGAAGAAUCCAUAUUGGAAAUAAUUCUUUUCAGGUGACUGUCACAUGACCGUUGCCGACCUGUUGUAUAUGCUGAACGUUUUUCUAUCUGCAGUUAUUUUCAAAUCGAAUUGAUUCUGUUAAGCAUAUAUUGAAACGUCCUUCUGCAGUGCAAAGAUAAUUUUAAAACUUACGUGAUACCACUACACCAGAGCUGUCCGAAGUUAUUUGGAGGCAGCGGAAUAAGCCGAGUGGAUCCGAGUGCGUAAUGACAGAUUAUGUGAUGAUCUAUAAUUCAGACAUCGCAAAGGUUAAACACUUCUUAUCUCGUUUAAAUGAAUAAACUGUUAAAUCUG